AUGGCCCAGGGCAAUCACACCGACCUCCUGCGCCAGUUUGGGCUUGCACGCAAUCCGUUUGUGGAUCGCACCGCCGAGAAGACCUCCCUGGACCCGGUGUCCCUGUACGUCCACUCCGACCUGCAUGGCUUCACCCCCUCUGAGACCACCUACAUCUUCUUCGGGAGGCGGGGAAGCGGCAAGACCACCAUCCGGCUGAGCAUGCAGAAGGCUUAUGCUCAGCACAACGAGUCCGUGAGGGCCAGCGGCGUGUCCCGCGGCCACUUCAUCGUGGACCUGUCGCGCCCGGGCCACCUCACCGCCUGCCUGCGCACCUUUCAGGAGUCCACCGGCUGCACUGACGACAACUGGGACGCCAGCUUCGCUGACAAUUGGACUUCGGCCGACAUGGUGGAUUGCAUGAUGUCGUACGCGAUGACGCAGCUCGUGGCCAAGGUCACCGACUCCAAGUCCGCCACCGCCCAAGACAUGCUGCCCGCGCCCGUGCUGGCGUCCCUGCUCUCGUCCCUCUACUCCGCCCCCGACUCCGCCGAGACGGUGCGCGGGCUGACGGUCGGCGUGUCGGCGCACCAGAAGCUGGAGCGCCUGUCGGCCCUGCUGCGCACGCUGGGGUACGAGGGCCUGGCCGUCUUUGGCGACUGCUUCGACGAGGUGGUGCUGCUGGACCCGGUGCAGUACCCCGGCGCCAUCAAGGUCUUCGCGCGCGAGGUCUGCCGCAACGACCUCCUCAACUUUGGCCGCAUGCACUUCUUCUUCCCGGACUCGCGCCUCGCGCUGGACCUGAACACCGACAAGACGCUCAAGGAGGCGCGCUUCGACCGUCACUUCGUCCGCGACCUCACCUGGUCCCGGCACCAGCUGGAGGAGCUGGCGGAGCGCCGCUUCCUGGCCGCGCAGCUGGAGGCGCAGCGCCGCGCCGCCGCGGGCGCGGGGCACGCCGAGGCGCGCAAGGACGGCGGCGCGGGCCUGGCCAACGCCGACGUGUCCAGCGUGGCGGGGGGGAAGACCUACACCUUUGCAGACCUGUUCCAAGCGGUGCGAGUGGAGGACUUCAGCUCCUACCUCAGUAAGCUGUCCACGCCGCGCGAGCUCAUGAUCAUGAUGACCGAGAUGAUGGGCCGCAUGGAGGCGCACCCGGAGGGCGGUCUCACCGCCCAGGACAUGGAGAUCUCGGUGACCAAGGCGCUGGAGCAAGCGGUGUGA